UGAACGCACCACCGUAUCACCUGCAACCAGCAGGAGUUUUAGUGCAAAUGUGCGACGUUUGCUGCGGGACAACGACGACCUAAAGCGAGCCGUUCACGCUGUGUUUUCUGCCUGUCGGUGCACCAUGGCUCUAUUGACGUUUCACUGUAACUACAUGUCGUGGCGGCUGUGUUUGCAGCAGUGAGGCCUGUCGGUGGUGACCCGGCCCGCCGUCUGGAGCGCAGUGUGCAGCGUGUAGAUGCCUUGGCUGAGAUGAGUGUGAAGGCUUUUGAGCUAGUCCCCGCUGUGGAGCGAGAUCUCCUCAUGGGCGACAAGGCUCGCAUCAACAUCGAGUGCAUUGAAUGCUGUGGAAAACACUUGUACAUGGGCACCAAUGACUGCUUCAUCCACCACUUCCUGCUUGAUGAGGUCACUUCAUCCAAAGGGAAGCUGAGUUACUCUGCUCAGAAGCUGCUGCACAAAUAUCUGGGCCUCAAGAAACCAGUUGCCGAGCUGCGUGCUGCCUCCGCUUUGGAGCGUCUGAUAGUGCUUUGUGAUGGAAUAGUCUUCCUGGUCGACAUGGUGACACUGGAGACGGUGCCCUCGGCGGCAGGAGGUGGAGCCAAGAUCAGAAGCGUGACAGCGUUCUGCAUCAACGAGAACCCGGUGAACGGUGAUCCGUUCUGUGUGGAAAUGGGUGUGCUCUCCUCCAAGCGCCGCACGGUGCAGAUUUACAUGGUGUAUGAGGACCGAGUGCAGCUGGUCAAAGAGGUGACCACUCCUGAGCAGCCCUGUGCCGUCAGUGUCGAUGGUUACUUCUUGUGCCUGGCCCUCGCUACACAGUACAUGAUUCUGAACUACAACACAGGAGCCUCCCAAGACCUCUUCCCUUACAACAGUGAAGAGAGGAGACCCAUUGUGAAGAGGAUCGGCAGGGAGGAGUUCCUCUUAGCAGCACCUGGUGGUCUGGGAAUGUUUGCCAAUGCAGAAGGGGUAUCUCAGCGGGCUCCAGUCAACUGGUCAGAGAGCGUGAUUGGUGCCGCUGUGUGUUUUCCGUACGUGGUUGCUUUGGAUGAAAGCUUCAUCACCAUCCACAGCAUGUUGGACCAGCAGCUAAAACAAACCCUUUCAUUCAGGGAUGGACACAUUCUGCAAGACUUUGAAGGAAAGGUCAUUCUGGCUUCCACUAAGGCCGUGUAUGUCCUGGUUCCCCUGCCCCUGGAGAGACAGAUCCAGGACCUACUGGUCAGUCACAGAGUGGAGGAGGCGCUCCUCCUCACAGAGGGAGCACAGCAAAAUAUUCCCAAAGAGAAGUUCCAGAUUUUGCACAAAAGAAUCCUGCAGCAGGCAGGUUUCAUACAGUUUGGCCAACUUCAGUUUCUAGAAGCAAAAGAACACUUCAGGAAGGGUCAGCUGGAUGUGCGGGAGUUGAUAUCUCUCUACCCUUUGCUGCUGCCAGCUUCCUCUUCAUUCACACGCUGCCACCCUCCUCUACAUGAGUAUGCAGAUCUUAACCACCUGGCACAGGGCGACCAGGAGAAAGUGCUACGAUGCAAGAAAUUCCUUAUCAGUUAUUUGGGAGAGGUACGAAGCACAGAGGUGGCCAAUGGCUGCAGAGAGGACGUGGACACCGCACUGCUAAAGCUGUAUGCUGAACAGGAUCAUGACAGCCUUCUAGAUCUGCUAGCUUCAGACAACGCCUGCUUACUAGCAGACAGCGUCCCAUGGCUGGAGAAAUAUCACAAAUACUUUGCACUCGGGCUGCUCUAUCGUUUUAAUGGUCAGGAUUCAGCAGCACUUCAGCUGUGGAUUCGAGUGGCAGAUGGGGAUCUGCAGGACUCCACAAGAUCUGACCUCUAUGAGUACAUUGUGGACUUUCUGUGCUCCUGCUCCAAUCUGGACCUUGUGUGGAAGUUUUCAGACUGGGCCCUGCGGAAAGAUCCCACGAUAGGUGUUCACAUCUUUACUAAGAGGCCUGCCAUUAAAGAGCUUCCAGAACUGAACCCUGAUGAUGUCAUCUCUUACCUGGGAAAGCACAGCCAGGCGCUGCUUCUCUACCUGGAACACCUGGUGCUGGAGAGACGGAUACAGAAGGAGAAGUUCCACACACACCUGGCCGUGUUGUACCUGGAGAGGGUCCUGUCGCUGUUGUCGAAGUCGCCAGCAGAUGAGGAGCAGAUCUCCGGAGCUAGAGAGAGGCUCCAGGCUCUGCUCCGGGUGUCCAGCCUUUACCGUGCACAGUUUCUUUUAGGUAAGAUGGAGAACUGUGAAACACUGCUGCUAGAGCGUGCAACACUACAUGGAAAACUGGAGGAGCAUGAUAAAGCACUGCAUAUAUUGGUGCACAAGCUGAGAGACUUCCCAUCUGCCGAGGCCUUCUGUGUCUGGGCCUCUUCUUGUCGGGAUUCGGCGUAUCGACAGGAGCUAUUCCACCUGCUUUUGGGGGUUUAUCUAGACAGGAACCCUCCUGGAAAGUCCCAGGCUGCAGCGGGAGGUGGAGACCUCGAGAUGGCAGCAGUGGACCUCCUCAAUCGGCACGGCGAGGUGUUCGAUGCAGUUCGUGUCCUGCGCAUGCUCCCUGAGGGCUGGUCACUGCAGCUGCUGCGGCCCUUUCUGGGUCGAGCCAUCAGGGCCAGUAUGCAUUCCUGCCGCACAUCCCAGAUCGCUGUGGGGCUAGCCCGCUCCGAAAACCUUCAACUGCUGCAUGACAGGUUGAAAGACCGCAAGAAACCAAUCUUUGUGUCUGAAAAGAAAGGAUGCCGCCUGUGCCACAACACCUUUAGUGAGCCUGACGUGGUGUGUCUGCCAGGUGGAGUGCCUGUCCAUACCCACUGUGUCGCCCAGAGAGUAAGAGACUCUCCCACAAAGAGACAGUUAACUAAUAGCAGCAACCAUACGUGAGACUUGACCCUUCAAAUUGCCAUGUGAUCUGUGAUCAGAGGCACCAAACAAAGGCAGGACAUGCUGAGGACUGUGGGGAUAACAAAAAGCACAGAACACCCAUUGCCAAUAGCAGAGUCUGCUAUGGAGCUGAUGAGAAACACAAAAAAAAGCUGUGCGUAUGUGUUUGAGAGUGCGAGGGAUGAACAGAUGAUUUCAUCUAUUUAUUCCUGUGCUGCAAUUAUACCACACUGUCAAACUACAAGUUUUUAAUAGACGUUAAACCCCGUUCAGAGCUGGCAUUGGCUUUUAAGAGGAUGAAAUUACUUUGUUUGUGAUUCAAAAACCCCCCAAACACAACUGUACACAGUUCAUUUGCGUUGCUGCAUCCUGCCAGUUUAAAAAAUCAAUGCAUUUGAUCUUUGCAAAUGGAAAUGAUGUAGGUGAUGAUUUGCAGAUUGAGCAAGGAAGUGAGAUACAAUCACAUUUGUCACUCAAGACUCAUUUAAAUGCCAGAUGUGAACUGACAGGUUAGAGCUCUCCACUUAAGACACAUGUUAGUGCCAGGCCUGAACAGGGACUCAGAAACAACACCUUAGUCAACCCGCCCUUUAAUCCAUUGAAACAGAGAAUAAAUCAAAUACAGGCUCCUGUGCUUAUCCGUGGGUUCAGUGCUGUACCGGUCAUUGUCUCUGCUUGAACAGUUUUUAAACAUGAACUUGAGAAACUGUCUGAGCUACAGAACACACACUAUUUGAAACCUGUUGCAAAUAUUUGCGAAGCAUGCAAAGUAUUACCACUCUUACAGUUCUGGUCUAAUCACCUCAUAUGGGUAUUGUAUUAAUAUUGUCCUAACUUGCACAUUGCAAUGUUAGGUUUUAAUGUGAAAUACUACAAAGAUGCAUCAGUACUGAUGGAAACUGAGUCUUUUAUGUCUGUCUUUUACUCUGUGAGAUCUGGUCUCGCUGCUGCUUUAUUUUCCCCUCAGCUAUAAGGGCACUGGAUGUUGUAUUCACAGUAAUUCAGUUCAACAAUUUGAUCCAAACAGUUAAGUUUUAAUGGUUGAAAACUUUGUCUCAAUGUGUCGUUUGUGGAGCAACAACGGUGUAAGACACUACAUGAAAUCUCACAGUGCUCCUCUGCUCAUCAAUGUGUGUAACUGGGGAGUCAAAACUCAAACUGCAGCAAGGACCAAUCGGAUUGACUUUCUAAAACUUGCACAAAACGGAUCAUAUUUCCUGAUAAAUUGUCAGUAGACACAUUGUGAAAUGUGACUGCAAAUGUUACGGCUCGGAUACAAGUGGCAGAUAUGUAGUCUCGUCAAAUCAUGUGAAGUCAAGCUCCAUAAAUUCUGUCUGGUUUUGAGUCACAAAUGAAUAAAUCAAGAGGGAUCUUCUCUGCUCGCCUGCUGUCAUAGAUCAGUUUUGUUUGUUUGGCUAGGAAACAUACAGUGAUGAAGAUGUUUUGAAUCCUGUCAGCACAAGACAAAUGUCAGUCAGUGGCAAACAUAAUAGUUGGGAAAGCCAAGCUAGUUAUUUUAUUCUGAAAUUAAAUUUGUCUUCAGGACGGGCAUGCAGGUAAUUUGUUCACAAACAUUUUCAAUUUGAAUACCAGAGAUAAUUGUAAUUCAUCUCUGUUAUUAUGUUCUGUGGGUCAUUCAGGUAUUUUUAAACAGCUUACACAUUGUAAAAUACUUACUUAGCGGUUAAGAAGUAUAUGACCAUAAGAUCGAAGUAAUUUAAAACAAAUUAAAUGAACCACAGGUGGAACAUAAUGGAAAAUAAUUUAUCACAAUUCUACUAAAUUAUAUAUAAUAUCCUUUUUAAAAUGAUGGUAAAAAAAAAAAAAAAAAAAACUGUUGGGAACAAAUCUUUAUUCACCACAACACAAUCCAAUAACAUACCCUGGUUUUGGUUAAAAGGAAGUUAUUUGGCAGCCUGAGCUAUUAAAAUAUCUUCCUUCUGUUGCAUCAUACUGUGACAUUGUACAGGACUAGCAUGAAACAAUCCAGAUUAAGCAGUUGAUGUGGACAAAGAUUACUGUCUACAGCAUUCCUAAUGAAAGUAAAAAUCCUUGUUACAUAAUGCAUGGUAUUGCACAGCACACAACUCCUUUCUUUUUUAUUUUGAAAUUAAGUGAAAACAAAACCUAUAUAGUUCAGAUCUUUGAUCCCUCAAGAACAACUCAGCUCUCAUUACUGCCUAUUCCUUGAUGUUUGCUGGAGGUGAAGCUUUGCUAAAAGGAUGGGUUUCUUUUGUGAGUUUUUGCAGACAGAAUCUCUCACAAUUUGUUUUACCAAAGGUGGCAGAAGACACAUGAAAUGUAUGUGUUUGCUUUUCCAUAUUUAACACCUGUCUCUCAUCCUAGAGAUGUGCUACUGUCAGCCUCUCACUGAAGAUGCCCAUCCAAAUUUACAGUUAAAAUAAAAAAGCUAUUUCCAAUGGUUGUAACUUCUCUAAAAUCAGAAGAUGUUAAAAUUAAAUCUUACUCUUUACACACCAUAAACUCUACAAGAUAUUCGCUAAUUAUUUCCUAGAUCAAGCCUCCAAUCGUCUAUAUUUUUUAGCGUUGCCAUUUACUGAUAAGGCAAAAACCAAAAGAACAGGAGUGUCUCCUCAGUUUUUUACAUUUGUCCAACCUUCUACUGUUUUGUGGGUUUUUCUUGUUUCUCUGGCGCCUGUGCUGUUGAUGCUAUCCUUCUGUAAUUGCAACACAUUUCUGUGAGGGAACUCUGUGCAAACAUGGGACAAUUUUUCUAACACGGAGAUCUGAAUGUGGUAGAUUCUGUAAACUUGACUCACUUUCCAUGACGUGAAUUCACAGCUUAUGCACAACUCAACAGUAAAAGUGUAGCUUGCUUAAAAGGCCUCCUAACCAUGACUUCAAAUAAUUAAAAGAAUACAGUCCAUUUGUGUGAAAAAUACUGUUUUAUAAUUAUAUGUAUACUGGUAUGUAUAUAAUGCAUUUGUACUUGUUUUGUUGCUUUCUAAAUCAAUGCCAAUGUGGAUGGAGGGUGCAAACUGUAAAUCCGUCCCAUUUUAAUAAACAUGAAAC